CGCCACUUAGCCUCUUUCGGGCCAAGACAAAUCGUCCACAAGUUUUUACUUUUCGGGUCGGCACUACAAAUGAAACUGCCACGACGUGUGCCAUGGGCAAAUAUUAAUGAGCUUGAUCAGCUCUGUUCGUGGGUCUUCAUGGACGAGAGCGAUCUCGAGGCGAAACGGUUCGCAAUCAACAGAUUGUCGGCAUGGAGAGCUGUGACUGCAUUGCCUCAUGCGCUGGAGUCCACUCUAUCAAUCCUAACGGCCCGCUUGAUUGAUACUUCUGAAACGCAACAGAGCCCCUCCUGGUUGAGUCUGAGGCAGAACUAUGCUGCUGCGAUCAUCCGAAUGGUAAAUGGUCUCGUGGAUCCUUUACAGGCGGGAGCAUAUGCGAGAUCUAUAGCAUCUAUCGCCGCCCAACUAGGUUUACCUUCUUGGUUAGUGGAAUUGAGGCAUUCAGCUACGCAUGAAGACCUUCCCAGCCUUGAAGUGCUCAGGGAAGCGGCACGGGAGUCACUGACAUGGUUAUUGCACAAUUACUUUCUUCCCACUAUAAAUCCUUCAGCUCCUAGACCGAGUACGGCGCCACCUUUACGACCGGUCACUCCACUUUUAAAGCAAUACAAGACGCUGGUGAAGAUCGUCGCGCGUGAUACUUCUCUCCGCAAACAAAAUCAACCCGAUAUCGAUGCGAUCAUGCGAGAUAUAGAGCGAUGGCUCGCGGAAGCCAAGCUAGCUGCAGAUUUUGCGGCUGAUGCGUGCGGGUGGGAAACCAUUGAUGGCAAUGACGUCGAACAAGAGGACUCCAGAGAAAAGUGGGCUCUAGAAAGACUUUGUGAUGCCUUGAUUGAGAAAGGUGCUCUCGUAUCUCUCUCACAAAAGAGGAGAAACCUUCCGUCUGACGAAUUUGUACCUCCUCACUCGUCGCUUGUGUUAUGGACUCCGUUGUUGGCACACACACACACGUAUCAUCCUACCUUCCCAUCUGUUCUAACCACUCGGAUUGCAGACGAAUCUCAAAAUGAUCCAUCGUAUCAUCUGGCUCUCGCGAAAUGGGCUGUGUGGGUUAUCAAGGCAUAUGAUAAUGGUCAAGAAAACGGGGAGUUAAGCCUCAGAAAGAAUGUAAUUGUUCAACUAGCUUCUACCUCUUGCUCCGGGUUGGCUGCUCUCCUCGGGGCGGUGAGCUCGGGUUUCACGGAACUGCAGACAGCAUCCGAUAUGCUUCUCUCUGCCACGCAUCCGUUACAACCCCAGCAUUGGGAUGCGGGUGAUCUGACGGUGAUGAAUGAGCGGCUUCAUUCUCUAAUGUCUCUUGAUGGUGAAUGUCAAAAAAGCACAAAUGAUCCAGACUCAGCGCCCACUACAUUAUUACCGGUGCAAGGUGCAAAUAUAGGCGGGUGGAGAUUGCUGGACCAUCACAGCGGCUGGAAGUCGUGUCCUAUAGGCAUUUACUAUUCAAAUCAUGCAAUGUCAAUAGUGUAGACAAUUAAAUGUUCCUUGCAUAA